UUAAUAUUUGACCUUAGACCUGAUGGUUUUAGCCACACUUACGAAAGCAAUGAUCAAGAGUAGGCAGGAUACUCAACACGGAUCGUUGCUGGCCAUAUUUUAAAGACAAAUUUGCUUCCACAAAUAUAACUCAUCAUAAAUCAUUGCCUCUUAGUAAAUGAGAACAUAAAAUCAACCAAUAAAUGCUUUGUCAAGGUUUGCCCGGCCAUCCAUUCCUGUCAAGAAAAAAGAAAAAAAAUCUUCGAUAUAUGUUUCCACAUUGGCAAAGCUGAUAAUUCGCAUAUCAGCAGAAGCAAUUCCAAUCCAAUCCCAAUCUCGGCAAUCAUUUCCAAAACCAACCCAAGCAGCAAUUUUCCAAACCAAUCUGCCUGAUUGUCACCAUCAGUAUUGGUCUUCCUCUCACUCUUUUCAACAAGGUUUUGGCGCUUUUUUCUCUCCAGCCAGUUGGCGACACUGCAGUCAAGCACAUUGCCGGAAUUCUAAACAACAUCAAAACCGAGUUCUACCCGAAAUCCGAGGUCCAAAAUUUAGAGGAUUGCAUUGGGUUGGUUGGCGUAGGCCAUCAUGAAUCGAGGUGAGGAUUUCAAGAGCGACGCCGGGGGUGGUUCAUCCCCAUUCCUCUUCACGCCCAUCACUCGCCGGGGUCCCAGUUCGCGAUUGCUCCAAAGACGAUCCCUUCUGGUCCAAGAACCAACGGGCAUGGAGCCCGAUCUGGCCUUCCCCGUGGCACCACCCGCUCCCCGAAGAUCCUCGCACAUACCGCUCAACGUCACGCAAAGCCUCAUGGGCUCGAUUCUGGGCAGUCCCGAGGUCACCCGUCCCGCCCCUUAUUACGCCUAUCAGAGCGUGGCGCAAGGGAAAAUGCGGGCAGGCCCACCAGAUUCCUCCUUUAACCGUGGUGGUGAUGCGGCCAGUCUAAUCGGAGCCACGGAGAAUUUGUUUGUUGAUUUCUUGGCCACAUUGACCGGUAACAAUCAAGGCGAGGUAUCGGAAGCCCUGGAUCAAAUUGCCGAGUUUGAGCAACUCGUGGGCGAGCACGUACACAGUCUCCAGAAGAGUAUUAGCAAUCUCGGUGCCGCCGGGUCCAAAAGUGCCCCAUCGCAUCGGGCUCAAGAGAUUCGCAACAGUUUGGUCAAAGAAAGGAACUCGUGGCGUCUCUUGGGCAAGUUGUUUGCCUCACAAAUGAGCUCCGAGGAGCGCAUGGCCACAGAAGCGGAUGACGAGGCCGAGCUACGCAGUGAAAAGAUCGUUAUGGAGAAGCUGUUCGCUCGUGAAAAGGACAUGCGGCAAGCUCAAGCCAUCGUGGAUUGGCUCGAAUGGAACGCCAAGGACGAAUUUGGGGACGCCCAUCAGAGCAUGGAUCUAUUCGGGGAUGUCCUUGCUGGGUGGGAAAACACUCUCCACGCUCUCCAGACCAAUCCCAAUGGCACGCCCAACAUGGUGAGAGAAAUGGAUCCGGACGCGCCUCGACGCACCAACAAGUCACUUCACCCCUUGGAUGAGCAAGAUCAAGCCCGAUUGAUCCGCGGCGUCUACCUCUGCCUACGAUCUGGCUUGCUCGACUUGGCCCAAGAUUUGUGCGUUCGAAUGGGACAACCUUGGCGAGCAGCCACUUUGGUGGGCUGGAAAUUGCAUCACGAUCCCAACUUUGGGUCAACUGGUCAAAAUCAGAAUGUGAAAAUCCCCAUCGAGGGCAACGUGAAUCGAGAUAUUUGGAAGAAAACUGCUUGGGUGUUAACUGAAGAUCGAAAGCUGUCCUCGCAAGAGCGAGCCAUCUAUAGUGCUUUGUGUGGCAAUGCCCAACAACUGCUAACAUCCGAAUGCAAAUCAUGGGAGGAUGUUCUUUGGGCCCUUUGUAAGGCAUUGGUGGAUGUCAAAGUCGAAACUGAAAUUCGUCAGACGGUGCCCAGAACCUAUGUGGAUAUGCCACAACGAUAUUGGGACAACUUAACCUCGUUGAGAGCCGUUUUGGAUGCGGUGAAGAAUUCGGAAAAUGUGGAAAUUCGAAAAGAGAGCACUUCCGCUCAUCGAAUCAUUCAAAGUCUCAUCAUUGCCGAGGAUUGGGAGCAAUUGCAUUGCCAUCUAAAGGAGUGGUCGGAACACGCUGCGGACAUUGAUUCCCAUCUUUUACGGUUUCUCACUCAUUUGGUCAUCAUUCUGCGACGCUUGGGCGUACCUCCGAACGUGGAAGUGGAGGAAAAAAUGAUCAUCGCCUACAUUGGCUAUCUGAUCCAAGCCGAGCGAGUUCAACAAGUGGCCUGGUACACGGCCCAACUCCGUCAAGAUACUCAAAUCGAAGUGUAUGCCGAACUAUUACUUCAUGUGUCCGACAUUGGGGAUCGACGCGCUUGUCUAACGUUGGCGCUUGAACAUGAACUUCCCCUGAAUAUCAUACGAAUCACCACUGUAGAGGCGACUCUUGGACUAGAAUCCCAAAUUCAGGAGCAAUCUGUCCAAACCGAGAUCUCUGAGCUUGACGACCUGAAAAUGAAAUCGAUCGAUUAUCUCCUGAUGGCUCCAGUCGAUUUGGCCAAUGCUCUUAUGUUUGCCAAUAGCCUGGCUCGCUACUUCAUUGCUUCCCACAAAAUCAAGGCUGCUCGCCAGACCCUCAAUAACCUUGCACCUCAUCUAGGGAAUGAGACUGGUGUGGAUGCCACGCUCUCGGCGUCAUACAAGCGAGAAUUCGCUUGCUUGGAAAUGUACGUGAGCGCCAAAGAGUCAUUUGGAGAUUGGUUCAAGUAUUUGCAUCAAGCCAAGCCUCUUAAACCUGAGCUGUCGCGCCGCGGGGAAUCCGCCGAUUCCUUUGCUCAUCAGGUGGAACAAGAGCAAAGAGAGAUGAAGUAUAAAGUCGAACACGAAAGGUGGACGGGAACGCUCCUCAUUCAAUCUCGAGAGGUAACGCGGCAGCUCUUGGCCAUUUUACAUUUCCCUCAAGGAUGGCUGUUGGAUGAGGAAAAUGUGGACGAGACUCGAGGGAAGGAGAUCGAUUAUCUCCGACGCACAUGCCUCAUGGACGCGGUGUUCCUUCUCCAUAGUGUGUACCACAGCACGGAACAGUAUAAAGAAGCCAUAGCUUUGGCCGAUAUUGUAGCAUCCGAGAGAGAUGCCUUGUUCAGCGUGUUCACCAAGGACGAUAUGAAGACAUUUCUACAAAAGAUCCGUGAUUCUGCUGUUGCAAGUCUGGAAAGUAAGAGCUCCGAUCCAUGGGGCUAUUGAAACGAUCUCAAGAAAAAAGCUUGUCUACCACUCUCCGCCCAACGUCAAACGUCCACUGAAUGAGUCAAAUCAUACAGAGACUUUCGUGACCCGAUACAUUUGGUCGUGUUUAUUAAUAAACGACAACUGAUUAAGGUUAUUCACGUGA